AAAAACGAUUCAAUAAUGUAUUAAAUUAAUACAAUUAACUAAUUGGACGUUUUGUAAUAAAAUAGAUAUCGAAUGCGCAUAAGCUGCAAAGCCGGUAUCCUGCGGUAUCCAAAGUGGCGUGCAAUGAACUCUCAGUGAGAAUCUCUCACUUCUAAUACAAAUCCUUGGCGACAGAAAAUAAAAUUUUCUAUAUUAAUCGUUAAAUUAACAUCAUUGAUACAAAAAUGAAGCUUCUAACGCAUAAUAUGUUGACAUCUAAAUGUUUGAAAGGUGUAACUGUUGGAUAUCCCUUAGGAAUUGUCGCAAAAGAUAUUAAAGUAUCGGAAGUGGAUUUCAAUUCAGAAUUCAUUGCAAGAAUAAUUCCGAAACUCGACUGGGCUACGCUUUGGAAAGCCGCGGAAAGUAUAGGCCAUGUUGGAGAAUUGCCACAAACUUUAAUUCAAGACUUUGAAACAAAUGAGGAUUUUCUGAAGAAAGUUCAUCACGUAUUACUUGAAGUUGAAGUUAUUAAUGGAGAUCUGUUAUGCCCAGAAUCUGGUAGAAAAUUUCCUAUUAAUGAUGGUAUACCAAAUAUGCUUUUAAAUGAAGAUGAAGUUUAAACACUGAUAUUACAUUAAGAAGAGCUUAAAUCCUAUCAUAUACUUUUCUUUGUAUAAUUAGGAAAUGUUUACAUGUAUAUAAAAAGUUUGUUUUUAUUCCAAUAUGUACAAAUUUGAUUUAAUAUUUGUGUUAGCAAUUAAUAUUGAGUAGCUAAAAAUGAG